AAGAAGCUCACGCGGGAGUGCGUUUUCCGGGAGCAGUUUGAAGAGAACUGGUACAACACGUAUGCCUCGACCCUCUACAAGCACCCCGACUCGGAGAGGCAUUACUACGUGGCUCUGAACAAGGACGGCUCCCCCCGAGAGGGGUACAGGACUAAGAGACAUCAGAAAUUCACUCAUUUCUUACCCAGGCCUGUGGACCCUGCCAAAAUCCCCGCGAUGUACAGAGACCUCUUCCACUACAGGUGA